AUGUUUGAGAACCAAAUAGAUCACCUUCGAGAUUUUACAUAUGCAACUGCUUCUACAUCAGUUAUGUUUCUCUCAGACGGUUUCGGUUUACGGUUAUCCUAUCUUCGUGAGCUGGAUGAAAUGGAUAGUAUUCGGAAGGCAUUCUUCGCCUUUCCAGUCUUCCUGGUUGUUACUCAAAAUUAUGAUGGCGUCGUACCGGAGAAGCUCCCGGGUUCCUAUUUUAAGAAUCUUCCAAAGUCGAGCGCAAUAAAGCUGAUUGAUUUUGGGAGUACAACAUUUGAACACCAGGAUCAUAGCUACGUGGUGUCUACUCGACAUUAUCGUGCACCAGAAGUCAUACUUGGUCUUGGAUGGAACUAUCCUUGUGACUUGUGGAGUGUGGGUUGCAUACUGGUUGAACUCUGCUCUGGUGAGGUACUUUUCCAAACUCAUGAGAACCUAGAGCAUCUUGCCAUGAUGGAGAGGGUUUCAGGGCCAUUACCCCAACAUAUGGUGGUCAGAGCUGACCGUUGUGCUGAGAAAUAUUUCCGGAGGGGCACACAUUUGGAUUGGCCUGAGGGUGCUACUUCAAGAGAAAGCUUGCCGGAGGUACCAUCAUACAAGAAGUCGAUACCCAGAAAACACCAAUACUCGCCCAAUAAGAACAUUCACAUCCAAAUACUUGAACCUGUCAUCGCUGUCGAUCAAGUGAAAUCAUCAUCAGCGUCGCUAGAAUCUUGCCCUGACGAAGAAAAUUCAGCGGUUAAGUCGGAGGAAGAAAAGUGUUCGUUUGGUAGAAACAACAAGGCUGCAAGGAGUGCUCGUUCCAAAUACCUGUGA